UUACAGAUGAGAUAAAGAGGAGGAGGAGAGACAGAAAGCUGAGGAUGCAGCCUGACUGGAUCCAAAGCACAUAACGCAAGAGUGGCUUGUACAUCUAAGUGAAAUACAACUUCAGUGGUCUCAUCAUCAGCUUCACGACGAAGAAGAGAUGCGUUGAUCCAACACCCCCCACCACGCCGCUCCACACUCUCGUCCUCCUCCAUCUCUUUCUUCUCCCCAUCUCUAACGAGGAGCAUCCCGCGCACUGAUAUAUAUAUUUUUUUUACUCCGACGGACAGGCAAUUUCAAGAGAACUGACAACAAGCCCAGGCACGAUGCGUGGAUAUUCCCGCUAUGGGACAGCCGUGGGAUUUAUGGUACUGCUGAACGCGUUGCUGAUAUUUGCGACGCAGGCUACAGGAGUCCUGACGGACCACCUUCUGGUUCAGUUGCAUGAGGACGCGCAGGGUGAGGCGCACCAAGUUGCAACACAACAUGGGUUCCAGAGUGCACGGAAGCUUCCCUUUGGAGAUGGCCUGUUUCACUUUUAUCCUCAGGAGACUUCAAAGAGGCGAAGCAAACGCAGCGCUCGCAUCAAACAGCGUCUCCAAAAAGACAGAAGAGUAAAGAAUGUCUUCGAACAGGGAGGAUUCAAUCGUCAGAAGCGAGGCUACAGAAAUAUUAAUGAUAUAGAAGUCAACAUGAGUGACCCUCUGUUCUCCAAGCAGUGGUAUCUGAUAAACACAGGACAGGCAGAUGGGACCCCUGGAUUGGAUCUUAAUGUGGCUGAAGCUUGGCAGCUUGGCUACACAGGCAAAGGAGUUACCAUUGCAAUCAUGGAUGACGGUAUCGACUACCUACAUCCAGACCUUGCAUCCAAUUAUAAUGCCGAUGCCAGCUAUGAUUUUAGCAGCAAUGACCCGUUCCCAUUUCCACGAUACACAGAUGACUGGUUCAACAGUCAUGGCACACGAUGUGCUGGGGAGGUUUCUGCGGCAGCCAACAAUAACAUCUGUGGCGUGGGAGUCGCCUACAACUCCAAGGUGGCAGGUAUCAGGAUGCUUGACCAACCUUUUAUGACUGACAUCAUUGAAGCAUCAUCCAUCAGCCACAUGCCUCAGGUUAUUGACAUUUACAGUGCCAGCUGGGGGCCGACUGAUGAUGGAAAGACGGUGGAUGGACCUCGAGAACUUACAUUGCAAGCUAUGGCUGAUGGUGUCAAUAAGGGGCGUGGAGGAAAAGGCAGCAUCUAUGUGUGGGCAUCAGGAGAUGGCGGCAGCUAUGACGACUGCAACUGUGACGGCUAUGCCUCCAGCAUGUGGACCAUCUCGAUCAACUCUGCGAUCAACGAUGGGCGCACCGCUCUGUAUGAUGAAAGCUGCUCCUCCACUCUGGCAUCCACAUUCAGCAAUGGACGAAAACGCAACCCGGAGGCUGGCGUGGCUACUACAGAUCUGUAUGGAAACUGCACACUGCGUCACUCUGGAACAUCGGCAGCAGCACCAGAAGCAGCAGGCGUCUUUGCUCUGGCUCUUGAAGCUAACCCUAACCUGACAUGGAGAGACAUGCAGCACCUGUCAGUCCUGACCUCGAAGCGAAACCAGCUCCAUGAUGAAGUCCACCAGUGGAGAAGGAAUGGUGUGGGUUUAGAGUUCAACCACCUGUUUGGAUACGGUGUGCUGGAUGCUGGGGGCAUGGUGAAAAUGGCCAAGGAGUGGAAAACUGUACCAGAGCGUUUCCACUGUGUAGCUGGAUCUGUCCAGGAAACCCAUAAAUUCCAGUCUGGCAAUAAGCUGAUGCUGGCUAUUACCACUGAGGCCUGUCAGGGGAAGGACAACUUCGUCCGCUACCUGGAGCAUGUGCAGGCUGUAGUCACUGUCAACUCCACCCGCCGCGGAGACCUCAACGUCAACAUGACCUCACCAAUGGGCACAAAGUCCAUACUGUUGAGUCGAAGGCCCCGUGACGAUGACUCCAAGGUCGGCUUUGACAAGUGGCCCUUCAUGACCACCCACACCUGGGGGGAGGACCCCCGUGGAACCUGGGUCCUGGAGGUGGGCUUUCGAGGCAACCAGCCUCAGCGGGGGGUCCUGAAGGAGUGGACUCUCAUGCUGCAUGGAACACAAAGUGCCCCUUACAUAGACCAGAUCGUGCGUGAUUAUCAGUCCAAACUUGCCAUGUCCAAAAAGGAGGAGCUGGAGGAGGAGCUGGAUGAGGCCGUAGAGAGAAGUCUGAAGAGUUUGAUGAGUAAAAACAACUGAAAUCCAAAUAUCAUCUGCAUGUUCCAACUCCUUCACUUUUUCCUGUAUUUUCAGUCUCUCUCUGUCCUUAGUCUCACUACACCUCUUAGGUUUACUCAGUGUUUCCUCCCUUUUGUCUCCUGCUCUCCCUCUCUCCUUUCUGCUUUUUUGUAAUCAAGAGUUUCACUUAGCCACCUUUGAUGAAUGUUUAUCAUAACAAUCAUGUUAAAGGUAUAUCCCUCAGUAAUCUGUUCCUUGUAGAGAAAGCAGACCAAUAUCAUCAGAAUUUUUACAAACAUGUAAUGAAUUGUACAUAUACCAAAUAGAUGCCAGCCGUACAUGCUCUUGCUUUGAUGCCCUGCGCCUUUCUUCUGACAAAUGUUGUACAUUUAUUUUUUUUCUGUGAUUGUAAAUGAUUUUCUGUCGCAUUCUACGUAAAGUUUAAUUUUAUCGCAAACAGAGCAGUGAUACUUCCUUCCGUCUGUAUUUCUGUGAAGUUUUCGUAAACAAGAAAAGGAAUGUGUAAUUUAUUUUACAGAGUGUGAUCAUGAGUUCAUAUUUCACAACCUUUGACGUAUACUAUAAUAAACUUAUUCAGCUAUUUA